ACACACCAGCCUGACCCGGCCUCAGUACCACCGUGCCUCUGCCUGCUGACGUGUGUGGCCGCUGACAGCUGCUGACGGAGGUGUCUGUGAUUUAGAGCCACUCUUACACUUGCCGCAGUUCAAAGUUAGCGGCGGGUGGUGGGGAGAGUCACGUGACGGUCCCGCGGGUAUAUAUACCGAGGAGGGAGCUUCCUCUGCCUCUUUUCCACUCUGCGCUACACUAGAACUACACGAUGCCCGAGUCCGCCGCGUACACCAAUGGCUACGCCGAUAAUGCGGGUGCCAAGGAGUUGGAAGACCAGGAGACGUUUCUCUUCACCAGCGAGAGCGUGGGCGAGGGACACCCAGACAAAAUCUGUGAUCAGGUCAGCGAUGCAGUGCUCGAUGCCCACCUCAGUCAGGACCCUGAUGCCAAAGUUGCUUGUGAAACUUGCACCAAGACAGGCAUGAUCCUAAUAUGUGGAGAAAUUACUUCAAAGGCCCAGGUUGACUAUCAAAAGAUUGUGCGUGAUACAGUAAAGAAAAUUGGUUAUGAUGAUUCUGGCAAGGGCUUUGACUACAAGACUUGCAAUGUUCUCCUGGCCCUGGAGCAACAAUGUGUGGAAAUUGCUAAUGGGGUACACGUUGGGAGGAGCGACGACGACAUUGGGGCAGGCGAUCAGGGAUUAAUGUUUGGGUAUGCUACUGACGAGACUGAUGUGUGCAUGCCUCUAACUGUUGUGCUUGCACAUCGUCUGAAUCAAAAAAUUGCAGAGCUGCGAAGAGAUGGAACAUUCUGGUGGGCACGACCUGAUAGCAAAACUCAAGUCACCUGCGAAUACACCUUCGAUCAAGGAGCUGCCAUUCCACAAAGAGUACAUACAAUCGUUGCUUCUGUACAACAUUCGGAAAAGAUUUCUGUAGAAGCUCUGCGUGAAGAAAUUAUGGAAAAGGCCAUCAAAGCAGUUAUUCCUGAAAAAUAUCUUGAUGCUGAUACAAAAUACCAUAUUAAUCCUUGUGGAGAGUUCAUUAUGGGUGGACCUCAAGGUGAUGCUGGGCUAACUGGUAGGAAAAUUAUUGUAGACACAUACGGUGGUUGGGGAGCUCAUGGUGGUGGUGCCUUCUCUGGUAAAGACUACACAAAGGUGGAUCGCUCUGCUGCCUAUGCUGCCCGAUGGGUUGCCAAGUCUUUGGUGAAGAACGACAUUUGCAGGCGUUGUUUGGUGCAGGUAUCUUAUGCCAUCGGUGUUGCCGAGCCAGUUAGUAUCAGUAUUUUCCACUAUGGCACCUCACAGUACACUUCAAAACAGCUACUGAAGAUUGUUAACCACAACUUUGAUCUACGGCCAGGACGCAUUGUCAAGGAGCUUGGACUGAAGAGGCCCAUCUACAGUGAAACUUCAUGUUAUGGACAUUUUGGACGUGAGCAAUUUCCAUGGGAGAAGCCCAAGACCUUGAUCAUUCCAAAGCUUUAAAUUUGAGGUCCCAACGUUCAUUCUUAACGGGACCCAAUUAGCCAAUUCUGCCAAGUUGAAUUAUUUACCUUGACAGAAUUGGCUAGAGAUUCAUAGAAUUAGGAAAACUGUCAGUCUGCUUGUAUUUAAUCUUUUUGCUUCAUUUUGUGAUAGCGCUCCUGUUGUGUCGGGCAAGCACUCGGGCUUGUGUUCUGGUGCACUCGGGCAUGUGUGUUCUUGUGCAUCCUGGUGGUGAAUUUUGGUGCUUGAUCAGGGGUGCCUAGUGCGACACCUGACCUGUACCAGCCCUGACCAUGAGGACCCCUGCGAGGCGACCACAGUUUUAGGUUGGUACAAAUGAUGGCUCUGAGCUUAGCUACAUCCCUUGUUUGUACUAGACUUGAAGCUGCAAAUGUGUAGGAAGAGCAAGAUUUCCUCUAGAGUUUUUUAUAUAAGAUCUACGCAUUUGUGUUGUGUUUACGAAAAUUCUAAUGGAAAAGAGCAUUUCCUUAAACACUCCGGCCACCUUCCUGGGAGAUUGAAGAAUAACAACUGCCACAUUCCUCAUGUGUUGGGUUAUUUUAGAUUUUAAUUUUUCAGAUUCUUUUAAGUAUGUAUGAUGUACAUUGUAUUUAUUAUGAUCAUGCUAGUGUAUACAACACAACUUGUAUCAUGGCUAAUAAAAGUGAGUCGAUUGA